UCAUGGCUCCCGUUCCGAUAUCGUGAAUCUGUGUUCCUGGCGGCACAAAGCGUGGGUGCAGAAAGGUGUGCUGAUUGCUUGUAACAAUGUAGCCAUGAGAGGCUGCUACCUUGGACAGAUCAUAAGUGCAUUAUGAUGAUGGACAUCAUGAAUUACUACUCCUCCAAGCCUCACAUGGAGCUUAGCGCUCAGAUGAUAGAUAAAGCUACUACAUGUGUUGUCUGCCGCAAGGAGCUUUAUCUGGGUACCUCUGACUGCUUGUCUACAGCUAUCAAUCUUGGACCUUCACAGAACACUGUGAAAGAGAAACUUGGAAAAAUCAUCAAUGUGGACUUGGAAUCUUUCUCAGGGAAGAUUGAGAGUAUCUGUGGCAAAUGUUUCUCGGCUAUCAUCUGUAUUGAUACCUUGGAGGGUAGUGUCAAUGCAAUGAAACAGGACAUUGUCCUCACCUUUAGCCUUGCAAAUGUUUCUCUAGCUGGCAAUGCCAAUGACAGCAAGAAUUUAGGCACCAAUAAAAUUGAAAGUUCAGGAUUGUCUCAAGCUGUUGAGACAGUUGUGAAACCACUGGGAAACAUGAAGCUGCAAAAUGAGACCAGUGGUCAACCAAGUGAAGCUGAUGAAGAACUGACUGCUGAGAGUGUGGAUGAGAAAACAGAAGAUGACAUGAAACAAAUAGAUGGGUUUGAAGACUGCCCAACUGAUUCUACUUCACUUUCAGAAUCAAGUCAUUUCCAAAUAAGUAGUGGAGCUAAUGCAGAGUCUCUCUCUGAUGAUGUCACAUCUGAUACUGUGGAAGGACGACACAGCCCCGACUCUGAAUUCAAUACGAGUGACACUGCUUCUCCAGCGAAAGGCCAUUUGACACCAGAUGCCAGUGACAAGCUAUUCCAACCAGUGCUGGAAUUGAGGACUGAUGCAAUUCAAAAUUCAUUCCUGCCACGAGAUCUUACUCCAUCAUUCAGAUCAAAUGCAAAUGGCUGUGAGGAAAUAUCCUGCAUGAAUGUAAGUGGUGCAGCAAGACCACCAGAUGCAUCCCAUGCUUGUGCUGAUGAUAAGGGAGCAGUGGGUUCUUCCUCCUACAAGAGACUUGCUGAGCCCUGUGCUGGACCCACGACACGAAGGCGUCGGUUCAGGUACAUCUGUGAUGUCUGCGGGAAAGGCUGUCGUGACAUUGUCAUCCAUAAGCGUCGGCACAUGGGAGUGCGACCUUUUCCAUGCUCUAGGUUUUACCUUCUCAUCAUCUCAGUUUGCAUUCAUUCCACAACAUUGAUGCUGGUUCUCCUGUGGCAGCCAGCCAACAACAUGGCAUCGAAUGCAGUGGGGGCAGCCAAGGUGGCUCCCUCCUGCCUUGUCUGUCGGAAGCACCUUGCACCUGGUGCAUUCGACUGUGUCAACACCACCGAUGUUCUCCGAUCAUCUAACAAGGCUGUCCUAGGCAAGCUGAACUCUCUUCUUGAGUCUAACUUGAGGAACCUGAAUCUUGAUGUAGAAUGCAUCUGCCGGCGCUGCUUUAACCUCCUCGACAUCCUGGAAAACCUGGAGGUUAUGGCUACUAACAUCAAGAGUGAUAUCUUGACCAUGUUCCAAGAAUCUAAUCCCAAGUUCAAAGACUUGUCAAAGCAAGAUCCUGAGCCAGAACAGGAUGAAAAUCCUGUGGCUAAUCAGGCAAUCACCCCGGUGACCAUAGAAAAUCAAGAUGCAAGUGAGGUUGCAGUGCUAUCUAAACACCUAUCUGACAUUGGGGUGACUCUGUCAUUGAAGAAUUAUGAUUUGGAGAAGAAUCCCAAAUCAGAGGUCUCACUGUCUUCCAGCACAACUGCCAAGACACCUGUGAAGGAUGAGGCCAAGCCAGUGAUUACAUUUGAUGGAAGCACCACAGAUAGGCCCACAUUGGAGAAUGGAGAUGAACAUGGUGUGGAGAAAACUAAUGGAGACUUGACUGGAGAAGGAGAGGACCCUAGUAUAUUACCUCUGUGGGAGUGUGAGAUCUGCAGAAAGAAGUUCAAACGGAAGGACGACCAUGUCUUGCACAUGAAACGUCACAACAAGGACUACAAGUGGUUCUGUGAGUACUGUGGAAAGGGAUUCGUGGCAACAGCAGACUACAAGGAGCAUGUCCAAGCGAUCCAUCAGCAGAUCCAGUCCUUCACGUGCGAAGUUUGCUCUCGAGCGUUUGGUCACCGCAGUGCCUACUAUCGGCACAAGCGCACGUCUUGCGACACUCAGAAGAAAAUGCAUGAGUGUUCCGAGUGUGGUUCGAUGUUCAACUUCAAGCUCUCCAUGCACAAUCACAUGUGGGUGACUCAUGGGGUCAUCCCUGAAGGAACUAAGUUUCAUCAAUGUCAGCACUGCCCAGAAAAGUUCAUUCUCAAAAAGAAUUUCAAGAAGCAUUUGGUGUCACACACCAAAAAGUUGUCUUACCCAUGCACCAUGUGUUCAUUUGCAUCUCACCACAAGACAAAACUCCAAGCUCACAUGAAAGUCCAGCAUGAAGUUGAUGAGAUUUCCUUCCAUGAAGUCUAUCCUGGUGGAUCGGGAACGGCAGCCAUUGCCAGACGGCUUGAAGGAGAGGUCAACUCCUCUGCUUGGGAUGAAGACCCUGGGAUCAUUGCUGAAAAGCUCUUGGAAGUGUUAUUGACAAUGGCAGUAAGAACUCAGUUUGAAAACAAUAAUGAAGUAGGUGUAUUCUCAAAGCUGACUAAUGCCUACUGUCUGGUUGCCAUUGGAGGUUCAGAAGUCUUCUAUAGUGUGUUUGAGAGUGAAUUGGCAGACACUAUUCCUGUGGUUCAUUCCUCCAUCGCAGGCUGUCGAAUCAUUGGACGGCUGACUGUUGGCAACAGGCAUGGGCUUCUGGUUCCAAGCUCAACAACAGACCAAGAACUUCAGCAUUUGAGGAACUCACUCCCUGAUUCUGUGAAAAUCAUGAGGGUAGAGGAGAGGCUGUCGGCAUUGGGGAACGUCAUCGCGUGCAAUGACUAUGUCGCCCUUGUCCAUCCAGAUCUGGACAAGGAGACAGAGGAGAUCUUGGCUGAUGUCUUAAACGUGGAGGUAUUCAGGCAGACGGUAGCCGAGCAGGUUCUGGUCGGGUCCUAUUCCAUUAUCAGCAAUCAGGGUGGGAUUGUCCAUCCCAAAACAUCCAUCCAGGACCAGGAUGAGCUCUCAUCAUUACUCCAGAUCCCUCUAGUUGCGGGAACGGUGAACCGAGGUUCGGAUGUGGUGGGGGCGGGGAUGGUGGUGAACGACUGGUGCGCAUUCUGCGGUCUCGACACGACCUCCACGGAGAUCUCCGUCAUUGAGAGCAUCUUCAAGCUCAACGAUGCCCAGCCGUCUGCUAUCACCACACAGAUGAGGUCUUCCCUCAUUGAAAGCAUGACAUAGCAGAAUGAGUGUCAAGAUGAUGCUUUUGGGAUGGGGAGAUAUCAUGGGCAUCACUUUCCAGUUGGAUAGUCUUCAUCCUGAGUCCUGUGACCUGAGAAAGGGGCAUCAUUCUCGUUUCGUGUCGUUGUUUUGUUUCGAUCAGAGAUCCAAAUAAACUGAAUUUUCUGCGAAGCCGUUCUCGUGACAGAAAUGGAAGUCA